AUGCCGUUCAUUGACGCCAAGGCAUCGUCUUCCAAGCCUCGCAAGGGCAAGGGGAAGAAUGUCCCCGCAAGCCGAGUCAAGACGAACCAGGCAAAGCGUAACCGCGUUAACGACGAGCUGCGCGAGCUGCAGGCCAAGAUCAACGCUUUUGAACCGCCCAAGGAGAUCACGUCGUUCUCCCAGCUGCCGCUCUCACAACCGACGCAGCGUGGUCUCAAGGCAUCGCACUUUGUGGAGCCGACGCCUAUCCAGGCAGCGUCCAUGGUUCCUGCGCUGCAGGGUCGCGACAUCCUUGGCGCUGCGCGUACCGGCAGCGGCAAGACGCUCGCCUUCCUCAUCCCCCUCCUGGAGCGGCUGUACCUGCAGCGCUGGGGUGCGAUGGACGGUCUCGGUGCCGUUGUCAUCUCCCCGACGCGUGAGUUGGCCGUCCAGACGUUCAACGCUCUCCGUGAUAUUGGUCGCUUCCACAUGUUCUCCGCAGGCCUCGUCAUUGGCGGCAAGCCACUCAAGGAGGAGCGGGACCGCCUGGCCCGCAUGAACAUCCUCAUUUGCACGCCUGGACGCCUGCUCCAGCACCUCGACAGCACAGUCGGAUUCGACAGCGCGAGCGUCAAGGUGCUCGUGCUGGACGAGGCGGACCGAUUGCUGGACAUGGGUUUCCUGCCUGCCCUCCGUGCGAUCGUGCAGCACUUUUCACCGUCGGCCGUCGCGCGUGCAGACCGCCAGACACUUCUGUACUCUGCGACCCAGAGCCAAGACAUUGCCAGCCUUGCCAAGCUGUCUCUUCACGAUCCUCUAUACAUCAACACAAACACGGAUGAUGAGGCAAUGCCCGCCAACCUCGAGCAGUUCUACGCGGUCGUGCCGCUCGAGCGUAAACUCGACGCACUGUGGGGCUUCAUCAAGAGCCACCUCAAGAUGAAGGGUGUCGUGUUCGUCACGAGUGGCAAGCAGGUGCGCUUCAUCUUUGAAACGUUCCGCCGCAUGCACCCCGGCCUACCUCUUAUGCACCUGCACGGCAAGCAGAAGCAGGCGACGCGCAUGACCAUCUUUCAAAAGUUCAGCUCUAGCAACAACGCCCUCAUGAUCUGCACGGACAUUGCUGCGCGUGGUCUCGACUUCCCCGCCGUCGACUGGGUCGUGCAGCUCGACUGCCCCGACGACGUCGACAGCUACAUCCACCGCGUGGGCCGAACGGCGCGGUACCAGAGCGAGGGCAAGGGCUUGUGCUUCCUCACAUCGAGCGAGGAGGCCGGCAUGGUCGAGCGCUGGGCCGAGAAGAAGAUUGACGUCAAGCGUAUCAAGAUCAAGGAGAGCAAGAUGACCAACCUCGCCCAGUCGAUGCAGAACUUGUGUUUCAAGGACCCCGAAAUCAAGUACCUCGGCCAGAGGGCAUUUAUCUCGUACCUGCGCUCGAUUCACAUUCAGAAGGACAAGAGUGUAUUCAAUCUCUCCGAGUAUUCCGCAGAAGCGUAUGCUGCCAGCAUGGGUCUGCCGGGUGCACCGCAGAUCAAGCUCCUCGAGACGGCCAAGAAGGCCAAGGGGCGCGUUGGGGGCGAGAAGGAUGAGAAUGGGCCCACGAUCAUCCACCAGCGUCUGGCAAGCGACAGCGAGGGAGAGAGCGGGGACGAGGGGAGUGAGAGCGAGGAGGAGAGUGGUAAGCAGGGGAGCAGCGAGGAGGAGAGUAACGCUGGAUCCGACGAGGAGGGGAGCGAGGAGAGCGGCUCAGGUUCCGGAAGCGGCAGCGAGGAUGACUCUGCACCUCGGAAGCCUGCCGCCGUGCGGACAAAGUACGACCGCAUGUUCGAGCGCAAGAACCAGGGUGUGCUCACAGACCACUACUCGAAGCUGGUCGCUCACGACGACGAUGACGACGACGAUGUGUUCACUCUCGCACGACGGGACCACGACCUCGAGUUGGGAAGCGACGAGGAGCUCACCACCUCUGCUGAUCUGUCCAAGCGCAAGCUCAAGAGCGCAACCACACGCAAGGGGCAGAUCAAGGCGGGUGGCGUCCCAACCAAGCUCGUGUUCGACGAGGACGGCGAGCAACGCGACUUUUACGCACACGGCGAGGCGGCCGAGUCGGCCGCCAAGGCCGAGGAAGCGCGUAUCGAGUACGUCGAAGCCGAGAACGCGCGCAUGCGCGAGGCCGACGUCGUCGACCGCGAAGUGGCACGCGAGAAGCGCCGCGAGAAGAAGCGCAAGCGCAAGGAAGCCGAGCGGAAGAUGCGCGAGGAGUAUAUGUCUGGCGAGGACGAGGACGAGCCGAUCGCGUACAUCGGCUCACCGGGCGGAUACGACUCCGAGGGGUCAGCAGAACGAUCUCCGUCUCCAGAACCGGAGCGGCCGUCCAAGAAGCGUCGCGAUGCCGCGCUCGAGGACGACGAGGAGCUUGCGCUGCGGCUCUUGCGCGGGGAAUAG